GCAUCCAAUCCAAAACCUCACAAACGCAGCCACCAUCACUAUACAAAGUGCCGUUUGGUUAACUAAGCACCCUCUCCGACUGCACUCGCAAUGUCCAAAGAACAACUCUUUCAGUUACUGCCGCUGCCCGACGACGGGUUGCAGCAAGUGCUUGAAUAUGCUGCGACGCUCUCCAAGGCCGAAGCGGCCGAGCACUUUAUCAACAUGCUGGGUGACUCACCUCAGGUCAUCGACUUCAUUUCCACCUUCAACGCACGCCGCGCCGAACCGAUUCCGGCGCCUGCAACCGCGCCGGCCACAGCGCCCAGCUCGAACCAGAACUCCGACGUCGACCAUGUCCCGAAGCAUCGCCGCGGCCCUAAAAAGAAGAAGCCGCCCCUGCAUACCUUACCUCCCCGACAAGUUGCAUCGUUCGAGUUAGCGUCAGGGACUGUGUACAAUAAGAAGGAUCAAGAGGAAGUCUACAUAUCCGGUAAGUCAGGCACGUCAACACCGUCCAGCAGUAAUGCGCACCGCAACGGUGUCGCAGCUGCCAAGGCAGCAACGCCGCCGCCCCAGCCCUCGAAGCCCCCUCCCUCCGCCGCGGGCACCCUCGUGUCGGAACUCGGCGUCCCGAAGCCGAAACCCAAAUCCAACCCUGUGUCCCGCACCUCGACGCCCGGCCCGUCCUCGUCCCGCAACACGCCCAGUACCACCAAGGUCUCCAUAACAGGCGGCAUCCCAAUGCACGGCAGCUCGACCGCGCUCGCCGACCUGGACCAAGCCAUCCGCUCGCUCGAGCUCACGACCAACCCGUCCCACACCUCCAACAGCGCCUCCAACCUCGCCGCCCGCCGGUGCAACUGCGUCGCAACGCGCCACCCACUCCUUGAAGCCGCGCCCAACUGCCUCAACUGCGGCAAGGUUAUCUGCAUCAAAGAAGGCCUGGGCCCAUGCACCUUCUGCGAACAACCGCUCCUCUCGUCAGGCGAGGUGCAGUCCAUGAUCCGCGAGCUGCGCGCCGAGCGGGGGCGCGAGAAGCAAGCGUUGGACCGCGAGGCGCACAAGCGGGCCGAGGCGACCAGGCCGCCCAAACCGUUCCGGCGGCCGGGGGUCGACGACAAAGACGACCUGACGGUGGCAGAGGCGAUGGCGUUGCAGCACCGCGACAAGCUGCUCUCGUUCCAGGCGCAGAACGCGCGGCGCACGACGGUGCGGGACGAGGCGGCCGAUUUUGAUGUCACUGACUCCGGGAGCAUGUGGGCGAGCCCCGAGGAGCGGGCGCUCGCGCUCAAGAGGCAGCAGAGGCUGUUAAGGGAGAUGGAGUGGAAUGCCAGGCCUGAGUACGAGAAGCGGCAGCAGGUGGUCAGUAUUGACUUGACGGGGAGGAAGGUGUUUAAGAAGAUGGCAAAGGUGGAACGGCCGCCGAGCCCGGAGGAGGAGGAUACCGAGGGCGAGGACAAUGGAGGUCCUAUAUCAGCGCAAACUGGAGGAGCGAGGGGACACGGCGGGGCGUUCAGCAAGAAUCCACUGCUGGGUGGGUUGAUCAGGCCAGUGUACGAUCCCAAGGGCAAGGGAGUCGAGUUGGAGGGCAGGAAGGACCGGAGCGCACGGUGGCGAAAGGUACAGGAUGACCUCGACGACAACGAGGCUGUCAUUCUAGACGGCGGAAUGUACGGGAGAACUACGGAGGCCCAAACAGCAGGGUUGGGGGGCGAUGAGCCGGAGUGCGGAUGAUUGCUAGUUCCGCCUGCAUUGGCUCUGGGCGUCCCAGUCUCGCUAGUCUAGCGGGGCUUGUCAAACCAGCAACCUUCUACUGUAGAAAUGGAACCUUGGUGCCGGAACCCGAGC